GAAGAAUGCUCGAAUUGAGUGCGAGACGAACGUGCACAGAGUCCUCAUACUGGGUACUCCAGAGAGUGGCAAAAGCACAUUAAUCAAACAUAUGAAGAUCAUCUACAGCCAUGGCUUUACAAAACAAGAGCUCAUCAGCUUCAAGCCUGCUGUGUUGGAUAACCUGCUGACAAAUAUGAAGUUUGUGCUGCAUGGUCAAUCAAUCAAUCACCUUUAUUUAUAUAGUGCUUUAAACAAAAUACAUUGCGCCAAAGCACUGAACAACAUUCAUUUGGAAAACAGUGUCUCAAUAAUGCAAAAUGAUAGUUAAAGGCAGUUCAUCAUUGAAUUCAUUGAUGUCAUCUCUGUUCAGUUGAAAUAGUGUCUGUUUUAAUUUGCAAUCAAGUCAACGAUAUCGCUGUAGAUGAAGUGACCCCAACUAAGCAAGCCAGAGGCGACAGCGGCAAGGAACCGAAACUCCAUCGGUGACAGAAUGGAGAAAAAAACCUUGGGAGAAACCAGGCUCAGUUGGGGGGCCAGUUCUCCUCUGACCAGACGAAAACCAGUAGUUCAAUUCCAGGCUGCAGCAAAGUCAGAUUGUGCAGAAGAAUCAUCUGUUUCCUGUGGUCUUGUCCUGGUGCUCCUCUGAGACAAGGUCUUUACAGGGGAUCUGUAUCUGGGGCUCUAGUUGUCCUGGUCUCCGCUGUCUUUCAGGGCAGUAGAGGUCCUUUCUAGGUGCUGAUCCACCAUCUGGUCUGGAUACGUACUGGAUCCGGGUGACUGCAGUGACCCUCUGAUCUGGACACAGACUGGAUCUGGUGGCCACGGUGACCUCGGAACAAGAGAGAAACAGACAAAUAUUAGCGUAGAUGCCAUUCUUCUAAUGAUGUAGAAAGUACGGUGUUAUGUGAAGUGUUCCGGUUCCAGUUUACCUAAUUAAUGCAGCCUAAAAAUCCUUUAACGGAUUUGGAUAUUAAAAGCAUAUUAGUAUGUUAUGUGUAUGCCAGGUUAAAGAGAUGGGUCUUUAAUCUAGAUUUAAACUGCAAGAGUGUGUCUGCCUCCCGAACAAUGUUAGGUAGGUUAUUCCAGAGUUUAGGCGCCAAAUAGGAAAAGGAUCUGCCGCCCGCAGUUGAUUUUGAUAUUCUAGGUAUUAUCAAAUUGCCUGAGUUUUGAGAACGUAGCGGACGUAACGGAGUAUAAUGUAAAAGGAGCUCAUUCAAAUACUGAGGUGCUAAACCAUUCAGGGCUUUAUAAGUAAUAAGCAAUAUUUUAAAAUCUAUACGAUGUUUGAUAGGGAGCCAGUGCAGUGUGGACAGGACCGGGCUAAUAUGGUCAUACUUCCUGGUUCUAGUAAGAACUCUUGCUGCUGCAUUUUGGACUAGCUGUAGUUUGUUUACCAAGCGUGCAGAACAACCACCCAAUAAAGCAUUACAGUAGUCUAACCUUGAAGUCAUAAAUGCAUGGAUUAACAUUUCUGCAUUUGACAUUGAGAGCAUAGGCCGUAAUUUAGAUAUAUUUUUGAGAUGGAAAAAUGCAGUUUUACAAAUGCUAGAAACGUGGCUUUCUAAGGAAAGAUUGCGAUCAAGUAGCACACCUAGGUUCCUAACUGAUGACGAAGAAUUGACAGAGCAACCAUCAAGUCUUAGACAGUGUUCUAGGUUAUUACAAGUAGAGUUUUUAGGCCCUAUGAUUAACACCUCUGUUUUUUCUGAAUUUAGCAGUAAGAAAUUACUCGUCAUCCAAUUUUUUAUAUCGACUAUGCAUUCCAUUAGUUUUUCAAAUUGGUGUGUUUCACCGGGCUGCGAGGAAAUAUAGAGCUGCGUAUCAUCAGCAUAACAGUGAAAGCUAACACCAUGUUUCCUGAUGAUAUCUCCCAAGGGUAACAUAUAAAGCGUGAAGAGUAGCGGCCCUAGAACUGAGCAUGGUAUGGGAAUGCUGCGCAUUAAUUUGUCAAACAAGAAAAACAAGGUCCAUGCACAUGCAGUCUUGUCAUGUAAGUGUUGUGUAGGAGAAGAUAUGGAGCUACUGCCAUUUGUGGCUCAUUCAUUCUGCAGUUUGUGGGGGGAUCUGGGCAUCAGGGCAGCAGUGGUCAGAGGCCAUGAGUUCCAGCUCAAUGAUUCUGCACUAUAUUUUUUUGAGAAUAUAAGUCGCAUCAUCACACCAAACUACAUCCCCACUAAAACAGAUGUCCUCAGAGUGCGAGUAAGGACUCAUGGUGUCAUCGAAACCCAGUUCAGAGUCAACAACUCUCUGUACAGGCUAUAUGAUGUGGGUGGCCAUUGUUCAGAAAGAAAGAAGUGGUACAGUUAUUUUGACAGUGUCCAGGCAGUGCUGUUUAUGGUGGCUCUCAGUGGGUAUGAUCAAAACCUUGAUGAAAAUCAUUCCAAGAACAGUCUCCAUGAAAGCCUGGAGUUCUUCAGAUCCACCUGUAACAGUGUUUUUUUCAGAGGAGCUUCUCUGGUUUUAUUUAUGAACAAAAUCGAUCUGUUUGCUGAGAAAAUAGUGUAUUCUGGGAGACACCUGCGACUAUAUCAGCCAGACUUCAAAGGGUCAGACCGUGAUGUGAGUUGUGCUGCUCAAUAUGUGACUGACCAGUUUGUGGCAUGCGCUACCACCUCAGGCAAGAUGUUGUACUCUCACUUCACCAAUGCCACAGACCCCUCCAGCGUACAUGAUGCCUUCCAGCUAACCAUGAGUGCUAUUGUUAAACAUAACCUUCAAACAAUCUCACUUCUCUAAUUAAUUUUUUAUUCACAUUUUUAUUUUUGUCUGUUGUUUCUGUGUCUGUUUUUAACAAUUGCUUAUUUUGAAUGGAUCAUGAAAUCCAUUUUAAUAUUUUAAUUAUAGGCAUGUUUUUUUUACCGGUUUAGUUAAUUGACUUAAUUGUGUUAUCAUUAAAGUGUUGUAAAUGAAUGGGUUAAAUUA